GCUUUGCCUCGUCUUUUAAAAGUCAAUUAUAGCAACAACCAGGGGCAAAAGCGCUUUUUCAUCUGAACCCGCAAUUCACGCUCAAAAAAAUCACUCCAAAAAAAAUUAAAAACAAAUAAAAAACAGUCAACGACAUUGAUUCCCUAUUCUCAUCCCCACAUUCGCACCAUACGUGUGAACCCCUCACUGGCUCGAAAUUCAAUAAACUUUUUUCUCCCGCUCUUUCAACCAAUAUAAUUUUGACACGUGGAAUCGCCCCCACUCUAUCAAAUACCAAAGCAAAACUUUUUUCACUAGCUGAGUCGACUCGUUGUCCCCACUCGACCAUUCUCUCUUAACCGACCGAGUCACAACUCGGUCCUUACCCCCAACACCAUCAUCAUCAUCAUCGAUAUCACAUAAAAUCUCGACGCCCUUUCUUUCUUCUCCUCAUUAUGGGUUUAGUGUUCUUAAAGUCCAAACCACCACUCAUCUUAUAUAAGGCUUUCAGCUCGAUAAGAUUUCGGGCCUGGUUAUGGCGGAGCCGACGAUGAACUCGCCGUCCGAUACGGUACCCGGAACUCCGGGAAUCCGGGAGGUCAGGGCCGAAACUAUGUCGGAGACUUUUAACUUUAUGCCGGGUUCGGGUGGUGGAGAAUGUGAAAUUCAGGGAAUACGGAGGGUGAAUAUGAGAGCAGAGAUUGACACUUCUCCGCCUUUCGGGUCGGUCAUGGAGGCGGUGACCCGUUUCGGUGGCCACGGACCUUGGAUUCCUUAUAAUGAUAACGAAGAAUUUGACUUGAAAAAAGUGGAAGAACAAGCAGCAGAGCUGGAGAAGGAUCUAAUAGUCAAAGAACUUGAAACACUUGAUGUCCUUGAAGAACUAACGACAACAAAAAGGAUUGUGGAAGAAUUAAAACGACAACUCCAGCAAGAAGCUCUGAAAUGUCUGGCAGUUCAGUCAGACAAGAAUUCAGAUGAACAGAUCAAAGAAAUGAACAACAAGAACCAAGGAAAUGUAGUUAAUAACAAGCAUGAUCAUCAAAUAAUGGGAAAUUCAAGUCCUUGUCCAACUUCUUCAGAUUUGAUCCUUAUGGAGUUGAAGCGUGCAAAACUCAACCUUGGUAAAACUAUAAAUGAUCUUGGAGUGAUUCAAAACUCUGUUGAAACUUUAAAUAAGAAAAUGAGAAAAGAGAAAGAGAUAAUUGAAAAAACCCGAGAGAAGCUAACGACCAAGUUUGCAGGGGUGUUGUCACAGGAGGACGAGGUGGAAAACUCAAGGGUCAAGCCACAAAUGCCAGUAAUGGAUGAUGGAGAAACUAAUAGGAUUUUCGAGAACUCGAAAUUUGAUUCAAGAGAUGAUCAGUGCUUCAUAAAAAUGGAUGUGCCUGCUAAAUCAGAGGUUCCAAGAACAAUGCCAAGUAAUGAACAGUACUCGAUUAUGACUGCUGAAAUGAGGUUGAUUGCAGCUAAAAAGAUGAGAGAAGCAGCAAAGGCAGCUGAAGCUGUUGCUUUCGCCGAGAUCAAAGCAUUGACUAACAGCGAAAACCCGCCUCAGUUUCUCUUUUCUGAGCCUGAUCACAAGAUGAGUUUCAACUUCCAAGUUCAAUCUCCUCUCUACUGUAAGCCUCAUGAAGCUGUGGAUUGGUCGAAGAAGAAACUGGCUGAUGCCAUGCUUCAUAUUGAUGAAGCUCAUACUUCUAAGCUGGCUAUACUGAGGAAGUUAAAGGAAGCAACCGACGAAAUCAAGUACAGCAAACAAGCCUUGGAAGAGGCUUUGAGCAGAGUAGAAGUUGCCAACAUGAAGCAAAACGCUGCAGAAGAGGCUUUCCAUAGAUGGACUGCUCCUGAUCAUAAUAGGAAGAGGCCGGUGGCUGCUGCUGGCGCUUACAGUCCUUUUUCGCCAAGAAUAAACAUCUUCCACCCUCCUGAUCAUCACAAGGGUUCCCCUCUAAAUGAUGUUCACAGGGAAGGUUUAAUUGAUAAUCAUCAUCAUUGUCCAAAGCCUCUUUUGAAGCCCACAAUCUCAAUGCGAGAUGUGCUUAGAAAAAAACAAAACGUGUCUGAAGAUUAUGUUGCAAGAAAAGAACCUCAUCAUCAUCAUCAUGAGAGUGGCCAUGGCCAUGGCCAUGGACACUCUGAUCAAACUCACAAAGUGGCUUUGAGCGAAAUGCUUCAAGCCUUAAGAAAUGAUUUGAGAUUUUCUCCUAAAGCUGAGAAAGAGGUAAAUAAUGAUCGUGAGGUUCAUCAGAAGCAACAACUAUUAACUCAGAGAAAGAAGUUUGGGUUCAUUCAGAUUUCACUUCCCUUGAGUAAGCCAAGCAAGAAAAAAACACAACCUACGAAUUGACAUAUUUUUGGCUACCAAGAUUAAUGUCUUUCCUGUUUGUCUUGAUAUUGAGUAUUGGGUUAUGGUGUCUUUUUCUUUUUCUUAUUGUAUUUUGUUAGUGUUAGUAAAUAAGAUGGUUUACUUUACUGACUAUAUAUAUGUAGAGUAAAGGGUGUUCAUGUGAUUGUUUGAUUUGUAUUGUGAAAUUAAGAUUUUCAGGUACGUUGUUAUUGAUUGUUGUUACUGAAAUGGGAUUGCAGUGGGAAUGAACUUUGUGCUUAUGUACUGUUUAUCA